GUACGGGAUGGGACUCCCAUCUCUAGCUUCUUCAACGGCUCCGGCACGAAACGGCUGCCUCAGGCGAUCAUCAUCGGAGUGAAGAAAGGGGGAACGCGGGCGCUGCUGGAGUUCCUGCGGGUGCACCCCGACGUGCGAGCCGUGGGCGCAGAGCCACAUUUCUUCGACCGCAACUACGAGCGGGGACUCGCCUGGUACAG